CGAGCGCGACUCAACCUGUGGAAGCCGCGAUGAACAGCUGAUCCUUCGGCAGUGGAUAAACCCCGAUCACCAUGGUCACCGCUGACUCAUGACUUCUCUCCCGACGCGCGGCACUAUGUGAAUAGUUACUGGACAAGUAGACAAAGGAAGAUAACUAACAGGAGAGUAGAUUGGAGAGAGUGAAGGAGUGUUUUUGGAGCGUGUUAUUAUUAAUCCUUUGGACCUGUUGAUCAUCAGUGAGACAGUCGGACACACACAGAGACUACCUGCCGCUCGCUGCUCCGCUCUGCGCUCACCGACCAUCAAUUAUGUUAUUGUCACGUUUGCUUCUCUUCACCUUAUCUCACUUGUUGGCGCCUCUGUUUCUCUGUUACCUGCCUCAAGUCUCCACACAGAAGCCUGGCUCACGGUGGCUGAUUGGAGACAGAGACAGUCACUGUGGGGUCAUCUGCUCACGGACACAGGGGAAGCCGGUGUGCGGCUCGGACGGGCGGAGCUAUGAGACCGGCUGUGAACUGCAGAGGGCGCGCUGCAAAGAUAAAACACUGACACUGGCACACCGAGGCCGGUGUCGAGGUAAAAACUGGGUGAAAAUCGAUCAGCUGCCGGUGGCUCCAGCACCAACGUCUACAUCUGAAGCAAGAGACCUGGAGCUCAAAGAUGCAGGUCAGUCCAAGUGUCGUGUUGAGAGGAACCAGGCUCUGGAACAAGCCAGGAGACCUCAGGAGUCCAUGUUUGUCCCAGAAUGCAAUGAGGAUGGAACGUUUGCGCAGGUCCAGUGCCAUACUCUGACAGGUUACUGCUGGUGUGUCACCAGUGACGGCAAGCCAGUGAGUGGUUCCUCUGUGCACAACAGGACCCCGGUGUGUUCAGGAAACUUCCGUGAAUUUAUGGGAACUCAUGCUGGGACAAGUGGAUUGUCAGGGUCAGUAACCGACAGACCACCUGGGCCACCGAACUCUGGUAGAAAAGUCUCUUUCCGUUUCUUUCUCACCCUCAACCCAGAUGAUGGCUCUAAGCCCACACCCACCAUGGAGACUCACGUCCCCCCUGAGGGUGAUGAGAUAACUGCUCCAACACUGUGGAUAAAACAGCUGGUUUAUAAGGAGAAUAAGCAGAACAGCUCCACUACCAGAAAGCAAGAGAAAGUUCCCUCUUGUGACCAGGAGCGACAGAGCGCACUGGACGAGGCUCGGCAGAAUCCUCGCGAGGCCAUUUUCAUCCCAGACUGUGGGCCUGGAGGCCUUUACAAACCGGUCCAGUGCCACCAGUCUACAGGCUACUGCUGGUGUGUUCUGGUGGACACAGGGCGGCCCAUUCCCGGCACCUCCACAAGGUACCAGACGCCUGAGUGUGACGGCGCUGCUCGAUCUCGCGUCUCAGACACUGAAGAUCCCUUCCAAGGCAGAGACCUGACAGGCUGCCCAGAGGGGAAGAAAGUGGAAUUCAUUACAAGCUUGUUAGAUGCCCUCACCACAGACAUGGUGCAAGCCAUAAACUCACCAGCCCCCUCUGGUGGUGGGAGGUUUGUUGAGCCUGAUCCCAGUCACACUUUAGAGGAGAGGGUGGUGCACUGGUACUUCGCCCAGCUGGAUAACAACGGCAGUCACGACAUCAACAAGAAGGAGCUAAAGCCGUUUAAGAGGUACCUGAAGAAGAAAGCCAAACCCAAGAAAUGCGCCCGCAAGUUCACCGACUACUGCGACCUGAAUAAGGACAGAGCCAUCUCCCUGCAGGAGCUGAAAGGCUGCCUGGGCGUCAGCAAGGAGGGUAGCUCAACAACAAGUGGCAGCCAAGGGACAAGGCAAGGGACAAAAUUGUUCAUAGGUCGUCUGGUGUGAGAAGAGAAGGAUCCAGAAGCUGAGACGAGAGCAGAGGGCACAGAGGGAAGGCAUCUGUACGCUUGCUGACAGGAAAGAGAAAGAUGGAGCAGAAAAAUUAGGAAGUUCCUGAGUUUCAAAAAAGUGAACGGAAAAACACGAAAACGAAGCGGCGCCAAAAUAUUUGCACUUUCUCCUCCCUAUGUUUGACAUUUUAUCUGUUUGUACGUGUGUUGUUGUGUUUUUUUCUCUUCGAGUGACUGAAAAGGUCGAUGUAAGAAUGAGAAUAUAUUUGUAAAAAGAUGACAGGCUCACCACUGGAAGAUGUGCAUGUUACCACAUUUCCCCUUGUGUUUCAGUCUGCUGUUGUGAUUCAUUCUGUCCUCACAUCACAGGAACAGGCACUAACACACAUUUUAUGGCCAUUAAAUUAAGCUUACAUCUCCCCUGUUACAGAUAGCAGCACACAGGCCAGUGGUAACUCACUGAAGAGGAGCUUACAGUGAGUCACAUUCAGCCCAAAUGUUGCUCGCUGCUCAAAAGAGGAGCUAGACCAAUCUAAAAGAAUGUGUAAUGUUGUAUGUGAGCAUGUAAUAUUAAGUGAACGGCAUGUAUUAGAAUUAAACUGUGACCAUUAAGUCUAAUUUAUCAGCACAGAAUUAGCUGAAUGAAUCCCCUUGCACUGCACAGAACUUUCUAGAUACAUUAACAUUUGGAUUAAGAAUCUGAUCUUUGUGGACAAUGUCUGAGAUGUGUUACGUCUGUAUUUUGUUCAGUACAUACCAGUGUUGGGGAAAGCUGUAAGUACUGAGUUACUUAAUACACAGUUACUUAAAGGUGCGCUAUUUGUACAAUCCAAAACCAAUGCAAGACCAUUAUGUUGUAUGUAGUUUGUAGUUUCUUCAGUUAUUAGCAUGUUGUCUGUACAAGAUGCCUUGAGGUUUUUACUUUUUCUACCUUUUUUGUUCAUAAAGUUUGUGCUAACAAAAAAUCAAAUAAUAAUAGUAAUAAAAAAAAAGAAAAAUCAAAUAGAAACAGAUUGUGAGAACUGAAAUGUGUAGCAGCUGUCAGUAAUUACAAAGGUAAUAUGAGUACUUUUAAAGUCACACAUCCCCCCCAACACUGGUACAGUACACACACAGUCCUAGCAGUGUACUAACACAGCUUCACACUGUAACACAAAGCAGGUUUCUCCAUGCAUGUGACAGUAUCAUAUUAAAGCUGCAUUAAUUCAUUUUUAAACACACCUCUCUGAAUUACAGUUGCCUCAUAAAGUUGUUAUGGCUAACAUGAGUUGCCUCCUUACAGAUGGAGCCAACAGAGAGCAACAAUAUCAUCCCAAGUCCAAUAUUGAGCUCUUCUGUUUUUUUGGUCUCCACCAACUGCUGAGGGAAAUAUCCGGUUUUUAGGUUGAUAAACACUCCACUACGUUCACCAACUAAUUGCUAACUGUCUGGUGUUUGGUGCAGAGCAGGUAGCAUUAUAGCCGGUUUACCGUGGCUUAUUUGCCGAAAACUGCUAUAAAGUAAAUAAAAAAACGAGUUAAAGGUUCUGUAUGUUACUUUUUACAUGUAUUAAUUGUUUCUUUUAAUGCCAAUGGGUGACCAGAUUGUAUGUUAACUUAAAGACUGAACCUGGUUACCUGUGCAUCAGUAUCUAAGGUUAGCUAGUGCAACCGCAUAAUUACUUUAUGAGGUUACAUUAUGAAGCAACCAACACCAGCGUAGCUUAGUUACAGCUAGCUAGAUGGCCAAAUGAGCUAAGCAUUCUCUAAGCUAAGGUUAGCAAGCUAGCUGUGACUUAGCUACGGCACAUGGCUCUGCUGUUGGUUGCUUUGUAACAUUACCUAGGAGUUUGCAAAUGGCAAGCUAGUUAAUAUCACAGAGCCAACAAAGGAACAUUACAGGCGGUGACGUUAGUCUAAAUAUGAUUGUGAUUUAUUUUCCAGCAUUCCAUGAACAUGAUGCCGGGCAAUCAUGUUCACUUGUAUAUGUCACAUCACUGUUUUGCUUGCUAAAGGCUACAUGGUGCGAGCAACAGGAUGCUGACUGCAGUCCACUUAACGGUCUCAGAGAGAGGUGUCAUAAAUUGUAAUUUUCUGAAAGUUACAUACAGAACCUUCAAAAGAAACAGAGAAAGAGCGGUUGAGUUGGGUGAUAAUUCUCUGGAAGUUCGUCUGUAAGAGAGACCUCUUUUACAAUCCAUUGGAUCCAAUGUUAAUAUUUAAAAAAUAUUAAUUAAUGCAGUUUUAAGUUCAAACCACAACGGAGGCCAUUGAUUUACACAUAUUUUGUGUAACUCUUUUGUUCUAUGUGUAAUGUUAUGUCAAGUUAUAAGUCAGUGUGCCUAGUUUUAUUACUCUACUAAGUUAAUGCUUUUCUACACAGUCAAACCUGACAGCUAAAAAGUAUUUCCAGUAUGUUAGUGGUGAAUUCUGCAUGUUUAGAUGUUUUCCACAAAGUGUUUAGUGAUUGGGCUCUACUGGCUACCUUUACAAACAACAUUACCUAAUCUCUGACAGAGACCCCCUCGUGGGGAUUUUAUUUUCCAAAACACAUCAUAGUCCAGAGAAUGACUUUUUAAUAUUCUUAUUAGUACCAGGAAAAAAGAGGUGGCACAGAUGACUAAACCCAACCAGUAAAUGGAGUAAGGUGUUUACAUGGCUCCGCAUCCCGUUAAUAUCAGCCCAUUUCAGCUGUCAUAUUCACAUUUAUCCCAGUCAUUGUAAACAAGAUGUGGCAUUUACAAAUGCCAGUUCCUAAAAUAAAUAUUUGAGUCUCCCCAGUAAUAUCGGAGUACACUUUGUGCAUGUAAACACAUUCACUGUCUGCCCUCAAACAGUUGAUGUCAGUCCUGCUCUGUGAAACACUUACCACCACACAUACUUGGAGCUUUGCCACCUUUAGCAAGACAAUGCAGUAAGUCUUUAAAAAUAUCCCCUGGGGUGUCUGAUGAAGAGGAAAAUGACAGAACAGGGAGGAAAAACACUAGAAAAGGACCUUAUGAACAAGUUUUGGAAUGUAAAUAAAAUUUCUUCCUCACAUUUGGGAACAAUUGAGUUUGAAAAUUGGAGAUUCAUGAGUUUGCUAUUGUGGUCUGAAUGCUUGUUGUGUAUUUGUUUUGAGUUGUGUAUUUCUUAAGCAAAGUCCCAAGAGUCGCUGCAGUGGCUCAAGAACAUGAGACAAAAAAAGGCUCCCAUUGUAAAUAUGUACAAUAACCUUUAUUUGUUUGUUUGUUUUACUAAAUUUCAUUGUGGGGUAUAUGGGUGUUCACUUACUUCACUGUCAUUCUGACUUAUUGUAAAGAAAUAUAUACUUUUCUGUUUACAUCAUGUCAAACACUAGGCUGUUACAGUAGCUAAUUCACAUCGUUGAAAUGCUUAGACGAGACUCUGUUAUAAGUUCUGAGCACUGUUUAUUUUAUCAGUGGUGGGUUUUUUGACUAUUACAGCUUGUGUUUUACGACUUCUGUCAUCACUAUACACGGUCAAGAAUGUAUGCAGUAUCUAUCUGGUGCUUAAUCCACAACAAUCACAAGUCCAGUCGGGUCUGAUUUGAACCGGACAGUUAUUCCAAGAAUGAGAAAAGAAACGUCUCUCUUAGACGGCUGUGCAGUCUCUCCUGAGUGCCUGCUUCAGUCCAGGUUUGAACACUGGGCUUGUGUGUCUGCUGAAGUGCUUCCAGACGCUGCAGAACUGCAGAUCACAUAAGAGAUCUAAAACAACCUAACAGGCUAGUAAUCACCGCUAAUCACGAUGGGGGACGUAUAGUGAGGGAGGCUCGCAGAUGACUGUCAGUCUGACGGGGAGAAGCCAAGUUUGUCUCUCUGCUGAGCGGCAACUUUUCCACUGCAAAGCCCCAACAGGCUUCUCAAGACCAUCUCAAUGUGUUUUGACAAUAUUUCUUAUUCAUAGCUGAAGAAAUUAGAUCUGUUGGAAAACAAAACCCUCAGACAUGUUGUCUUUGGGUGAAAUUGGUCAAUGUAAAUUAUGUGGCUUGAGGUGCAGCUGUUUGGCUAAGCAAAGAAAACAAAAAUGCUUUUCCACUUUAAUAUAGGUCUCAUUUCCUGAGCUCUCUGAACCUGUGUCACAAUAAACUCAUGCAAGACAAAACAAUAGAGGGGAACAAAAAGAAAAGGGUUGUUUUUUUAGAGGGCAGCCUGCACUGAUAGAGUUUAUGAAGUGCAUCUUGGCACACAGCAGCAGCUUACACCUGGGUUGUAUCACUUUUCUGGGUAGUUUGUGUUUUUUCCCACCUGAACUGAGACAUAAAUUUAAAGCGGCCAUAAUGAGAAAAAGGUCUGUAGAUGCCCUACAGUCACGACAACUGAACACACCAGUUAUUUCACACUUGCAGGACUAAAAUGGACAAUUUAAAAUUAACACUGCAUCAAAUGAUAUGUGAAAUGAUGUAAAUAAUGUCCCCUUAACUUGAUGGAGCUUUAUGGUGAGUUUUAGCUCAGUGUUGCAACUUUACUGUUCUGGUUCACUUUCACUGUUCUCAUAGCGUCGUUUUUGGCUGUAGCAGGUGGCUGCAUCCAUUGCUGGGUGUGUAAAUAAAGUUUUUGCAAACAA